AUGUCCACUGGGAAGGUGGCUGUUAUUACUGGGCUGGGACUGGGUGUGAUGCUGGUCAUCCAGAGUGGAGACCUGCUGGACUAUGUGGGCUACUGGUCCCCCAUAUGGAGGGCUGUGGUCUGCAUGGUCGCAGGAGGUUCCCUCCUCGCCAUGCACUGGCUGCACGGCCUGCUCCUCGGGCCCCUGGAGGUGCUCAGGGGCCCGGAUGAUGUCGGGUACAUCGCCGAGGACGGUCGCUCCAAAGCCCAGGCGGCCAACGAGGUCCGCCGCAGGAGGAAGACCGGAGAGCUGCCUCCAGUCUACCCGAACGGCUGGUACCGAGUCCUGGACUCACACAAGCUGCAGAUGGCCGAGGUCAAAAGUGUCUCUAUUCUAGGUGAACAGGUGGCAGUGUUUCGGGGCCAGGAUGGGAAGGCCUACGUGGUGGAUGCCUACUGCCCUCACCUGGGGGCCAACCUGGCCGUGGGAGGACGGGUGGUGGGAAGCUGCAUAGAGUGCCCAUUUCAUGGAUGGCAGUUUCGGGGGAACGAUGGCAAGUGCGUGAGGAUCCCCUAUGCAGAGAAAGUGCCAGAGUUUGCCAAGGUGCGCUGCUGGCCCAGCUGUGAGGUCAACGGCCAGGUCCUGGUUUGGUUUCACUGUGACGGAGAAGAUCCUCAGUGGGGCGUCCCAGAGCAGCAGGAAAUCACAGAGGGCCAGUGGGUCUAUCGGGGGAGAACGGAACAUUUCAUCAACGCUCACAUAGAGGAGAUUCCUGAAAAUGCAGCGGACAUCGCUCACCUGGCUCACCUGCACACGCCGGGUAUUGCCAGCGGAGUAGAUCUGCGUUACACUAACAGCAAAACCUGGGAAUUUUUGCGGCAUGACUGGAAGGUUCAGUGGGAACCAGAGUCAGAGCCCAACAAGCAUUGUUCUCAGAUGUUGGUGAAACAUGCGCUGACUGUGUUUGGAUGCCACUGGCCUCUGCUGGAUGUUCGCGUUGUGGCCAGACAGGUGGGUCCAGGAUUGGUGUUCCUGCUGUUUGACCACAGCUUCUUGGGCCGAGGUGUUAUCCUGCAGUGUGUGACUCCAGUGGAGCCUCUGCUGCAGUGUGUCUCUCACACCAUCUACUACCAGUCUAAUAUCCCUCCUCUGGUGCCCAAAUUCAUUCUCAAAGCAGAGUGCAUUCAGUUUGAGCGUGACGUGAUGAUCUGGAACAAUAAGAAGUACAUCUCCAAGCCUCUCCUCGUCAGGGAAGACUCAGCCAUCCAGAAGCACAGGCGCUGGUUUAGUCAGUUCUACAGCGAGAACAGCCCGCGGCUGCAGUACCAGCGUGACACUUUGGACUUUUGACCUCCCUGAACUGCAGAGAAGAUGUCAGUCUUACUGAAGUGGAUGAUGUGACCUCUAUAUACGCAAGUGCCAACGGCCGUCACGUCGCCUGGUUGGACUGGUACAAGGAACUGAAUGGGUUCAUCCCAUACAUGUGAGAUUUUGGUGAACCAGUGCUAAUAUACAAAGCAAGCAACACUGAGAAACACCACAGUCCCCUCGCUGUAUCGUUGACAAGACCAUUAGAUUCUCAGAAAUCUGCAAAAAUGUGAUUAAUUCCAUAUACUGUGAUGCACAUAUAACCAGCAACUUUCUUGUGAUUGAGUGACUGUUCCAGCUGAUUUUGUUCUUUGUCUGUAUGUAUGAUACGGGCCAAUA